AGGUGGCAGAUGUUCCCUCACCUUCUUUGGGAAAGUAAAUAGAAGCAGAAAUCCCAUAUUGAUACAAGGGUGGGUGGUGGUGUGAGAAAGUAUGGCAAACCAGAAAGAAUCUUGUACCAGUUUCAGGGGAUCUGAUUCACUGAGUGGUCUCACUUCCUCUAUUCUAUUUUAUUGUAUUUUAUUUUUUAUUUUUUAUUUUAUUUUAUUUUAUUAUUUUAUUUUAUUUUAGAGUCUAGUUUAGAAGUUCUCAAAUGGAUUUACACAGAACCUUGAGGUGUGUGGAGAAAAUCAUAUCUCUAGCACCCUCAUUCACCACCAUGAUGAAGUCCAUCACUGCUUUUGCCGUUCUUGCUCUAGCAGCCACUACAUGGGCUGUCUCUCCACCUGCAAUUGGGACAGAGGUGGAUUGCUCCAAAUACCAGGGUAAAGGCAACAGCUUUGCAUGCACAAGGCAGUUGAAACCAAUAUGUGGCUUGGAUAAAAGAGUUUACAACAAUGAAUGCAUGUAUUGUAUGCUAAAAAAAGAAGAAGGACUUACACUCAGGAAACUUCAUGAUGGGAGAUGUAUUGAAUGCACCAAUUACUCUAAUGCGUGCACCAUGGAAUAUAUGCCUCACUGUGGAUCUGAUGGAGAAGUAUAUGCCAACAAAUGUUUGUUUUGCAACGGUGUUGCGAAGAGCCGUGGUGCCCUUUAUUUGAAAAAUUAUGGACCAUGCGAGUCUCCCUGAUGCUCAAGCUCACCACGUUUCCUUUAGCAGAUUCCACAUGGAGAUCUUUUCCCUGGGAUGCUGUGGGGGCAAAUAUAUGGAUUUAAUUCUUCAAUAAAAGAA